GUGCCUUGUGGCUGCCGUUGACUUUGUGAACGGUAUGCGCGAGGAAUGAAUUUAUAUUUUAGUGCCAAUAAUAUUAUUCUAUCUGACCGAUUUUUGUGUCACGUAGUGCCGAAAAAGACCCUUCGUACUCGAAAAAAGUGUUCUGUGCAGCUGUGAUUAAGUGGCUUGUGUUUAAGUGUGAUUAUCGUUACAAAAACAGGAUUAUUCUGUACAUUUUCAGCUGGAUACACACGCAUUUCGAGCUCCUAAAGCUGAAAGAAUUCGGCUGACCGAGUCAGGGAUAAAAUGCAGUGUGUGGUGUUCAGGGGCGCCGCGGGGCAGGGACUCGGCGGGCUGGCCCGCCGACUUAGCGGAUGGCGACCCCAAUGAGAUCCAGUUCGCAAGAAGCGCCGGGCCACCGAGCGAGGGUGGCGGACUCGUCAAGGAGCGGGAACGCCACGGCGAAGUCAUCAGACCAUAGCAUCAACACCUCUGCUACCGCGACCGCUGCAACUGCACCGGCUGCACCUGCUGCAGCUUCCUCUACUACCAACGUCAGUGCUAGUACAAAUUCUUCGAUUGUAGGCGGCGGUACAGCCGCGAAUACUGCUCAUCAACCGCCUACCAACUCCAAUUUUGAGUACGAUGACAACGAGUGGGACAUAGGUAUUGGCGACCUCAUCAUCGACUUGGAUGCGGACAUAGAAAAAACCAACGACCAGUCGGGGGGCAUGGCGGCCAACGCCGGCUCCGGGGGACCACAAGCCUCCAAGGCCCAGGCUACGGCCAAAAUGCACAUCGAACAUUCAGCUACAGCUGAUAAAGGUCUUAAGAUGAAAAUAAAGCGCACGAAGCCCGGCACCAAAACGUCAGAAGCCAAACACGAGAUUGUUAAAUCCAACGAGCAAAACGGUAUUGUCGACCAGACCGAUAUGAAGGGCGUUCCCAAACACGGCGGUCCACCGACGGGUCCCGGUUCCAACGUGUUGAACCCAGCUGCAGCAGCGGCUGCCGCGGCGGCGGCAAACACCAAACGAGGCUCAAGCGGCCAUCGACGGGACAAAAUAAGAGACAAACACAGUUCCUCGUCGUCGAACUCCUCGAAUUCGUCAUCGACUUCAUCAUCGUCGACGUCAUCCUCGUCGAGUGACAAGUCUACCCCGAAAGCGGCGCCCGCCGGACAACCGGGCGCCGCCUCUAGUGCUGUGAAUGUGUCCGUGACCGAAAUGAACGGUAUGAUGCGAGUGAGUGCACCUCAAACGGGUCCGCCGCGAUCGGUAUUUCCGGCGAGUACGGGUCCCGGACCGCCGCAAGCUUCCUCCGUUACGGGCGGUCCGUCUCCUGCGGGUCCGUCGCCUAGUCCUGCUGCAGCCACUGCCCCGGGUUCCGCUUCUAAACCGGAACAAGCGAAAGUGAUGUCCACAAAUUCUACUGCUGGCGCACCUUCGGGUGGUGCCGGUGGUGUUCAGGUGCAAUCUUCAAAUUCGACGGGUACGGAUGAUGGAAGCUCGUCACCGCCUCCAGCUAAGAAAACGAAAACUGAGCCAAGGGACGUGGCUGAUGUAUGUGUAGGUACUAGUGUUGGUACAAUUACUGAACCAGAUUGUCUGGGUCCUUGCGAACCGGGAACGAGCGUGACGCUGGAGGGCAUCGUCUGGCAUGAAACUGAAGGCGGCGUUCUUGUCGUAAACGUAACGUGGAGAGGGAAAACGUAUGUAGGAACUCUUCUAGACUGCACCAGACACGACUGGGCUCCACCAAGAUUCUGUGAUUCUCCCACAAGUGACCUAGAUAAUAGGACACCAAAAGGAAGGGAAACCCGAUCAUCAGUCCACAGUAAGCUGCGAAAUGGUGGCGGUGGGGCCGGUGGCAAUGCAGGGGCCAAAGGCAGGCGUGGCGGAGCUGCAAACGGUUCGGGACCGUCCACGGCACCUUCGUCACCGACACCAUUCGUUCCACCACGGCCCGAUGCAGCGAAUAAACGGAAGAGCAGAGCUGGAGAAGAAGAGACAGCUCCCCAACCCGGCGGAGCUGUCAAGAAACCCAAGGCUAUACCACCUCCCGUCGUCACGGCACCUCCAGCACCUUGUACGAGCCCUCCUCCGUCGCCAGUGUUACUGGAGUGUCCCGAACCAAAUUGCUCGAAAAAGUACAAGCAUAUCAAUGGCUUGAAAUAUCAUCAGUCGCAUGCGCACGGUCAUGGGUCCGUUGACGACGAAGACACAAAGGAUGUGACGUCGAUGUCAGAGAAUGAUGAAUCGAACAUCGAAGCUCCUAGUCCUAGUAUGGUAGCCGUUAAAUCACCAGAUAAAAGCCAAGAAAGUCCGUUGACACCUCCACAGCAAACCAAGAAAGAAGAACUUCCAUUACUUCUAAGAGGCUCCAAUCUGCUGGAGGUACCUAGCCAACCAGGUACACCGCGUAGCACACCACCAUCACCAGCUACCCCUCAAAGCAUACAGGAAUUGCCACCGGUAGCUAGCUCACCUACUGUGCCUAUCGUCGAGCCACCCAAAAGUGUCGUCAAGCCGGGAGUGUUACGGUAUACCUCACCUGAUGAGUAUCCAGUUGGUGUUGGUUUAUUCUCUGGAAAUAAACCGCAAGUGCAAGGAACACCAAUAUCAAAUGCUGGUCCGUUAUCAACAGCAAGACCUACGACAGGACCUUUAGAGCAGCCCAUUGUUCAACCUGAGCCACCAACCCAACCACAGACAUUUACUAACCAGUUACAAUCGCAAGUAGGACUAUCUUCACCACAAUUCACACAACCUCCCUCAAUAAUCAUACCUACCCAAAACGCUAGCAACACACCAGGACAACCAUUAUCACCUCAUAUGCCGCAGAGCCCCAAGAUAGCUCAGUUCAAGGUUAAACCAACAUCAUCAUUAAUGCCUGACGAGAAGAAACAGCAAAGCUUGAAUCAAAGUUGCCCCAAGACUCCAAAUUUCACAAAAAAGAAGAAUAGAAAAUCUCCAGCCGGCAGUCCUCAUCCACCUCAAUCCGAACAACCUGUUUUUGGAUCAGAACAGAGCGGUCGUGAAGAAGUACAAAGUCCAGCAUAUUCGGACAUCUCAGAUGAUGGAGCGCCUGUUAUAGAAACGGAAAUGCCCGAUAAGAACAAACCUCAAGAUAAGAAAGCUGAUCCCAGUCAACCAUUGCCUCAUAUGGCUCAGUAUGGUAUGUACCAUCCGUUCUAUGGACAACAUCACCAAUAUUUAGUACCGCCUGCCCAAGAAAAUAAACCCAAGGAACCAGAAAAGCAACCAGAAAAAGUUGUAGAGAAAGAAGCCAAGAAAGAGGGAAACGAAUAUCCCUCAAAGGUGCUACAACAACAUUAUUAUCCAUAUGGUUAUGUUCCUGGAUAUGCCUACAAUAUGGAUUCAAAUUACGGUGGUGUUCAAAUGGUUCAAGAUGACAAAAUGAAAGAAGAAAGAUUAAAAGAAAACCCAAGUCCCAUCGAGCAAAAUGUCAAACAACCAACCCCCAUCCCCAACCCAAUACAAGUCCCAACUCCUGGCAAAGUCAAAGAUCCAAAUAUCAAAGACAAGCAUCAAAACGAAAACCAUCAAAUCCUCAAAGAAAGUAUAGAAAUUAAAAAUCAAAUGAAUCCAUACUUGUACUCCAGGCAACCACAACAACAGCAACAACAACAACAGCAGAUGUCACAACAACAACAACAACAACAGCAACAACAGCAGCAACAACAACAGGCGCAACAACAGGCUCAGCAGCAAGCACAACAACAGGCGCAACAACAAGCCCAGCAACAGGCGCAGCAACAAAGUCAACAGCAGCAGCAACAAAGUCAUCACAGUCAAAGGGAGGAGGAAGUGCGAAGGUUCUACGUGUAUUCAGAUCAGAGGCGCAAAGAAUCUCAGCCUAUGCCUGAACAUAAAUCAAGUUCUACACCUAAUAAGAUUCAAAUGCCUCAGAGUCCAAGUUUAAAACCAAAAGAGAUCAAAAUGGAAGAAAAGAAGGAAAAAGAAAUCAAACAGGAGGGUGUGAAGCCGACAAUGGAGACGCAAGGUCCUCCUCCUCCGCCGACUUCGCAGUACGCUUACAUUCACCCUAGUUAUAUGCAGCAAGCGCACUACGGGGCGCUACCUUUUGAUCCCAACCACCCUAUGUAUAGGGGCAUCAUGGUACCAGGUCCGUAUAGUGGAAGUCCAUAUUUGCAUCCGCCUAUGCAAAGGUAUCACGCUCCUGAAGACUUGUCUCGAGCUCCACCUCCGACGAAAGCUCUCGACAUGCUGCAGCACCACGCUCAAUACUACUCUUCCCAUAAAAUCCACGAACUCCAGGAGCGAGCCAUAAAGUCUCCGACACCGAAAACUUCCAUGGCGAGUUCCAGCCCAUCGACGAAUAAUCCCGUUAGCGGAGCAGGAGGUGGGGGAGGCGGCGGUCCACCACCUCCCGGUCCACCAUCUGCUCAAGUACAGAUGAACGCCCCACCGACCUCCCAACCUGGUGGUGUAGCACCAACGAGUGGCAAGCAAACACCCGGCGAAGGAAAGGAAUCGCGAUCUCCGCCUCCACAGAGGCACGUGCAUACACACCACCAUACCCACGUUGGACUUGGAUAUCCAAUGUACCCCGCCCCUUACGGAGCUGCAGUGUUAGCUAGUCAGCAGGCAGCCGCCGUGACAGUGAUUAACCCCUACCCGACUAAAUGAGUGUCCCCGUGCUCCCCCAAAUACCAGACUGAUAAGAAAGGAGCAGUGUUGUAGUGACUUUGCAUUCCAUAAUUUUUCGUCUCUUUUAUCGAGUAAUGUGUGACACUGUUCUUCGUUUUGAUCCCCAUUGACUUGAUUUAACUCUUAAGAGAACACAUAUAGCCUAUAAAAGAGCGGGAAUAUUUGUUUGACGAAGAAAAUAUUUUUAGUUUAAAAGGAGGAUAAAAAAACGAAAUUUUUAGGGUAAAAAAGUAAAAAAAAACAUACCAGAAUGUAAAUAUGAAUUGCUUUUUGUUUAAAUUUAUUUAUUAAAUAUCCAGUGUUUCUAUUUGUCGUAGAUGGUAUUUUGCUAAUACGAUGUUUCGAAUGAUCAACCUUUUAAUAACGCAAAAAUAUUUCGUCUUCGUUGAACAAAUCGCGUCCCAAAUAAACAGCUGUACUGCUAUUGGAUGCAGACUAGUUGUAUAUUAACUAAUUACUAAUGAAUGUAUAUAGUGUAAAGGCGUAUUGUCUUUGGAAAGUCAUGUUUAGAUGAAGUACUUGUAGUAGACUGAUAUAAUGAUACUUGAACUAUUACAAAUCGAGAUUUGGCAAUGUUGUUAACUUGUGGUUGAAUAAUUUUUAGCCGUUUUGAUACUUUUGCAGAUAAUGGGUUUUAUACAACCAUUAUUGUCUGUUUUUGGGUACAUUUUCAAUAUUCAUGGGUAAAUUUUCUGCAAUGUGUAGUCCAAUAGCUGAUAGUUUUCUAUUGAAUCUUUAGUGGUAUUUCCAGCAAUAUUUUAAUGGUACUUUUCAGCAGGUAAAUGUACAGAACUAUAAGAUCCGUAUAUCUGCUUAAAAGCCUUUUUUAGUUUCUGUAAAUGUAGUAGUUCCAUUGCAAUGAUAUCGGGGCAUUAAAUGCAUCAUUUUGUUUACCGAACUUUUUUGAAGUACUGAUUAUCACUACUUCUAAUCUUCUUUUUCUUAAAAAUCUUCGAUUAAAAAAAGUUUUUAGCGUUAAUUUUUUAAAUGCGAAUUUUCGACAUUGUUGGCCGUUUUAUCUACACCAGCAGCAAGUUUUGGGUAAACAAAACUGUUUUCUUUGAAAUGAUUUGCAAUAUUUUAUUUUGGGAUGCCCAGAAUAAUUAAUAAGUACUUCCCCCCCUUACAAUUCGAUACAUUGCAAUGAAGUCAUUAAAAAACAUUGUUUAUUGUUAAUUCUUUAAGUACCUCCACGACUGACUUUAACUUAUGUUUGUUUAUAUAAACAGUUGCACAUUUAGUGACAUUGUAGUGAUUUCUCAUGUAGAAGUAGUUUUCUUCAUUUCAUGGAUGAUUCAAGCUGAAAAAUGGCAUAAAUGUAAAAAUUUUCAAAAUACACAAUUUUCUGGUCAAUUUGAUUAUGCUAUUUUCGAAUCUGUGUAAAUUUUUGUGAAUCGGUUUCUGGAUACCAAGAUAUCGAAAAUUAAAAUAUUUUAAAUUUGAACUCUGUUCGUUUAUUCAUUCACCUCCACUUUGGGGGAGAUAAAAAUGAAAUGAAUUAGAUAUUGAAACCUACCCUUUGUUAUCCCACCCAAAUCUAACUAGAACCUGACUUAACUUUCUUCUUCUUGCAGUACUGACUCCUAUCGGAGGUUGAUUACCAUCACAGCAAUCUUAACUUUAUUGGCUGCAGCUUUGAACAAUUAUAUUGAACUGCACCCGUACCACUCCCUUAAAUUUCGUAACCAGGAAAUCCUCGUACGUACUUAGCAGGGACUCCCUUAGUACUCCCUUAGCAGGGAGUACUUCCCCUCUCUCAUUAUGUGGCCUAGAUAUUCCAGUUUUCUCGAAUGUAUGGUUUUUAUGACUUCGCAUUCCUUUUUGCAUUCCGUCUUCAGCAAAACAUCUUGAUUUGUUAUUCUCUCUGUCCAUGGUAUUUUCCACAUUCUCCUCUAGCACCACAUCUCGAAUGCCUCAAUGUUUUUGAUAUCUAUCUUUUUUAGUGUCCAAGCUUCCACGCCGUACAUCAGAACGGAGAAAACAUAGCCCUUAACAUUCUCGUUCUCAAUUUCAGAUUUAUGUCUCGGCAGCAUAGGAACUUUUCAUUUUUAUAAAUGAUUGUCUCGCUAUUUCUAUUCGCCUCUUAAGAGGAAACAGUAGCGAUCAACAGGUAGCAAAAACGCGUUCCAAGAUUGCGGCUGUAAUUUUGAAUAUUUUUUCGAGAUAUUUGGCACACAUAUUCGUAAUAUAAUAAAGAAUGGCGGUACAGAGCUCAAUUUGAAAAAUAUAUUAAUAUGUGGAAAUUACUCUGUAAUUAAAUACAAUAUUAAAAAACGAGCCUGUACCGCCAUUAAGAAGAACAAAAAAAUACACUUUCCUCAAAUAAACUUUUUUAUCCGAUGCCUAGAUUUUGUGUCAUUUUGGAACUACUAAAAUUUUUUAUUUCAAAAUGACACAAAAUCUAGGUAUCUGAUAAAAAAGUUUAUUUGAAGAAAGUGUAUUUUUUUGUUCUUCUUAAUGGCGGUACAGGCUCGUUUUUUUAAUAUUGUAUUUAAUUACAGAGUAAUUUCCACAUAUUAAUAUAUUUUUCAAAUUGGGCUCUGUACCGCCAUUCUUUAUUAUAUUACGAAUACGUGUGCCAAAUAUCUCGAAAAAAUAUUCAAAAUUACAGCCGCAAUCUUGGAACGCGUUUUCGCUACCUGUUGAUCGCUACUGUUUCCUCUUAGUUUCUCUUGUCUGGUCAUUAGUAUCAGUGAACCAAAUCCCUAAAUAUUUGUAGGACGUAACUCUUUCAUUUUGCUUAUUAUUUAUGGUUAAAUUCACAUUUUUUGUAUAGCUUCUUUGUUACAAUCAUAAAGGACACCGCACACAUCUUAUGGAAAAUAUAAUGUCACUCAAAUGAAAUAAAAUUUACGUGAAUAGAUGCGUCCUGAUAUUUCAAUAAUUUGAUACCAUUGCGCCAACUCACUAUUUUGAUUAACAAGAGCGUAAAUUGAUAAAAAUAAAUCUAAAAUCAAAUGGGAAUGUACGUGUGUCAAAGAGAGAAAAAAGAUCUUGUGAUUCGCUUACUCCAUAAAUCUUUCUCGAGGGAUUAAGGCAGAGGCUCACUCUUAUCUUUUCCUAUUAUUAUUGAUAAUAAAGUAGGCAUAAUUUGGUUAGUUGUACCGCCUCUAUCGGCUUAAGCUACUGGUGAAUAGACUGUAUUCAAUAGCCGCUAAACUAAUAUCAUUUAUGAAUGACAGUUCUAUGGACUUCAAAAUGCGAUUUCGAUAAACUUUAAUUACAAUUAACGCACUAAUUAAGCAAAAUUAUUCAGAGUUGGCGCAAUGGUAUUAAAUUAUUGAAAUUUCAGGACGCAUCUAUUCAUGUAAAUUUUAUUUCAUUUGAGUGACAUUAUAUUUUCCAUAAGAUGUGUGCGGUGUCCUUUAGUCUUUUUGAUGUUCAGUUUUAGACCGUACUUGCUGGUAUGAGUGUUUGUUUUUCAGCAAAUACUGUACAUUUUCUAGGUUAUCUGUUACUAUUAGCGCGUUAUCAGUGUAUUGUAGAACAGUAUGACCGAACCUAAUCUAACACACAUUAUCCAUAACCGAACAAACAACCCCAAUUAAAAACUCGACAAAACUCACCAAAUUUCACAUAGUAACGUGAGCUUGCUCGCACCUUAAGACCAUCAUUAUUUGUUUAGCCGAUAUUGAUUUUUGUUGGUAUCUCGUGUCCUAAAAGCCGUAUCACAAAAGUUCUUACAGAUUCCUGUAUCAUCAAAUCAAUGAGAAUAUGCAUUUUUAAAACAAGAUUCAUUUUGAAGGUAUUUCAAAAAAUUACGCACAUCUUCAACCUUAAUCGAUGAUAUCUCAGCAACUAAACAUUGUGAGUGUCAUAUUUGGACUCCGCAUCCGUAACUUGAUUUCUGAAACGAAUCUUAAAGAAAACAUCGUUACAUCCAAUCUGCGCUUGAAUCGAACAUUUCUUGUAACAAAACUCGUAACAUGAAGUAAAACCACUUCUAUGUAAAAGGUAUAUUCAAUAAAAUUUUAAAAAUCCCAAUGGAUUAAAUAAAAUAGGUUCAUUCAGAACGUUUUCGGACCUAUCAGUCCAUCAUCAGUGAAUCUAAAAUAGAAUAAGUAAUCCCACUAUUAAAAUUAAAAAGAUGUAGAAAUUAUGAACGUUAAAAAUGUGGUUAUGAUUACUUACUCGUAUAAACUUUUUAACUAUAUAGAGUAUAGAGUAUAACUAUAUAUACGAGUAAGUAAUCAUAACCACAUUUUUAACGUUCGUAAUUUCAACCAUCUUUUCAAUUUUAAUAGUGGGAUUACUUAUUCUAUUUUAGAUUCACUGACGAUGGACUGAUAGGUCCGAAAACGUUCUGAAUGAACCUAUUUUAUUAAUUCCAUUGGGAUUUUUAAAAUUUUAUUAAUUAUACCUUUUACAUACUUCAUGUUACGAGUUUUUAACUAUAUGGUAUACAGCCAACCCAGGGAACUACACCUUUUAGUUGAGUUCUUGUUACCUUUUAUCAAUCUUUAGGGAAAUAAAUCAAAAAUUAUAACGUGUUAUUUGGCUUUUGGCUUCCAGAUUGAAAGAAUUCUUUUAUUUUGAAAAUUUUUACUAUAAACGAAUCUAAGCCGAUUUUAAGAGUAAACAUUUUUUAUUGUGGUGGUUUUGUAAGGUCCAACCUUCCACUCGAUAAAAAAUGGUAGAAAUGAUGUAAUGUUAUCUGUUUAUUAGAGCAAAAAAUAGGCAAUUCAAUUCUCUAGAUAUUUCGUUUGCCUAUCAACAUUUUUUUGGGAUUCUUCUUAUUUGAACCUGCCAAAAAUCGUGAACUGUAAAAAAUGUAAACGCCAUUGCCAAUUCUUUGUAUAUGAGAUACUGUGUAUUUUUUAAUGUAAACUGUCUUCUUUUAUUAUGGAAAAUUACGAGACCUAGACUUAUAAUAACGUUUAAUUUUUUAUUAAGAGCUUCAUUCCAGUUUUAGUGGGAUGUUUGUAUAAUUAUUACAAAUUUUUUUUCUCUCUUAAUAAAUGUGGUCUGUACAUCUUGUAAUGUUCUGUAAAUAUGCCAUGACAUCUUAUAAGACUUUGCUUAUAAAAUAAAUGUUUCUUAAACUAUUUCAAGAUGUCUAAAUUUUAUUUCCGUUUUUUAAGCUUGGAUAUAUUACUUUAUAAUAGUCCAGUACAAACUGAACCUUACUAGUUAGAUAUAUGAUUUAAAGAUCAUAUUAAUUUUUUUGUUACAUACGCCAGUCAAUGGGAGCAAAAAUAGGGUAUUACCUCCGAAUUCUAUCCUACUGAAAUUUUGGGAAUAGCCUCUACUUAUCUCCCAAUUCAAAGUCUACCCUAUGCCGAUGUGUGCUUUUAUCUUGGUGGUGGGUCCCACCCCCUUCUCGGAGGUAGAAAUUUUCUUGGUUAAAAUAACCACGGAAGUGGCUAGAGAACUUAAUUGUAAGCAAAAACUGUACUACAAUUUUUGUUCUAAAAUUCAAUAUUUUUGAGUUAUUCGUGGUUGAAAAUUGGCCAUUUUCAUUGAAACGUAACACCUUUUCCAACGGUUUUUUGCAAAUAUCUUAAAAACUAUGCAUCUAACUAAAAAAACUACAUAUAGAAAACAUUUUUGUAGCUUAUAAAAAACCAAAGAGACUAGUUCCUUUAUAAAUCUAGUUAUAAUGUAAAAAGAGAUAUGGUAGGUGAAAAUAGUUUGUUUUUUUGGUGCAUGUUCAAAUAUCAGACAAACGGUUGAUUUUAGGUGUAUAAUGUUACCAACACCUUUUGUAGUACUUGAAAAGGGCAACAUUAAAGGUAUAUAUAUUCAAACUAAGCGAGAUAUGCUGCAAAAAAAUUGAUGAUUAAUGUAUUUUAAGAAAAAAUAAGAAGUAUAUUUUUAACUUCUCAUUUACUAGAAUUUUAAUGUACGGUUUUUUAAUGUUUUAAUUAUGUACGGGUUCAAAAAGUUGGACAGGUUCAACGUGAAUGGUUUUUGAAAAAAAAAAAUAAGAUCAAUUCUAAUGUGCUAUGUACUAAGAGUAUAAGUCAUAAAAAAGAUUUUUCGGGAUUCUUCUAUAUUUUGAAUUAUAUAAUUAAUAAGGUAUUACCAAAGUAGAAAGUAAAAUAGUUAAUUACUAAUUUAUUAAUCAUAUUUCGUCACCAUUUUCAUAUUUAGUUGUAAUAGUUAUUUCAUCAGUGAUAAAAAAGACUUUGAAAAGUUCUAAUAAAAAAUUUUCAUUUUUGACUUAUACUCUUUUAGCACUGUAGAAUUUAUAGAGCGCAUUUUUAGAUUUCCUUAAAAAUCUUCUUUUUCUACAUGUAACUUGAAAAUGAUAAGAGAUACAAUAAUGAAACACACAACAAAAUUUUUAUUCAUCAAAAUCCUACAUUUUUGUGUGGUACCUUUUUUUCGUAUCUCUUAUCAUUUUCGAGUUACAUGGAGAAAAAGGAAGAUUCUUAAGAAAAUUUAAAAAUGCGCUCUAUAAUUUGAUCUUAUUUUUUUCAAAAACUAUUCAUUUUAAACCCGUCGAACUUUGUGAACAUAGAAAUAACACUAUAAUAAAAAGUAUUGUAGAAGGAAAACGAUGCAUUUAAAUUCUGAUGGAUGAGGGGUUAAAAAUGUACUUCACAUUUUUUUUUAAAUUCCAUUAGUAAUCAAUUUUUUUGCAGCAUAUCACUACAAAAGGUAUUGGUAGCAUUAUACAACUAAAAUCGACUGUUUCUAUUUUAUUUCAAGCCAUACACCGAUUUCAGCAUGCACCAAAAAAACAAACUUUUCUCACCUACCAUAUCUCUUUUUGUAUUAUAACUAUAAGAUAUAUGAAGGAACGAAUCUCUUUGUUUUUUUAUAAGCUACAAAAAUGUUUUGUAUAGUUUUUUUCGUUAGAUGCAUAGAUUUUAAGGGAUUCGCAAAAAACCGCCCGAAAAGGUGUCAUUUUUCAAUGAAAACGACCAAUUUUCAACCACCAAUAAUUCAAAAACUAUUGAGUUUUCAAAAAAAAAUUAUUAAACAGUUUUUGCUCAGAAUUAGGUUCUCUAGCCACUUCCGUGGUUAUUUUAACCAAAAAAUUUUACACCCCGGAAAAGGGGCGGGAACCACCCCCAAGAUAAAAGCGCACAUCGAGAUAGGGUAGACUUUGUUUCUUGAGCUAUUCUCUACUUAUUGAGAAAAUAUCAAGUAAAUCGAUGUAGUAGGAUGGAAUUCGGAGCCAAAUAACCUCAUUGACUGCCCUAACAAGCAAAAUGACACUAAUUAAAAAAAAAGCAAGAAAAUAUCAUAAAGAAAAACAAAAAUUUAUUACUUACUGCCAAAAAAUAUAGAAUAUGUAUUUAAUUUUUUUUUGUUACCGUGGAUAUGUAUUUACUAGUACUAAAUAAUUAGUAUUUUUACUGCCACCUUUACAUUUGAACUAAUAUUAUUAGUUCUCUUUAGUUUCAUUCAAAUAAGCUUUCAUGUGAUGAUAGAUUGUUCAAUAAGAUUUGUUACUCUAUAAUUCUAUAAGAACUACAUGAUUUUUUAGGUUGAAAUACAUUAUCCAAUAUAAUCUUCCCGAACUUCAAUACGCUUGUUUUAGGAAUCUCCUAAUUUACGGAUACCAUUUUUAAUAGGUAGCAUGCAACUAAAUGAGGAGAAUAAACAAUAUUCAGAUAGUAAUAACGUCAACUUGGAUGACACUACUUUGUAUAAUCUUGCGCAUCUGACAAUUGUAUAAGACCUGCCUUUAAAGUAGAUGAUUGGUCUUGAUAACUGAUAGUAGUAAUACAGCAGAGUGCACUAUUUACUAAUAGAUACAGCGAAAACAUAUAUUAUAGGCUAUUGAUUAUGUUCAAAAUAAGAGAGCUAAAUGGAACUACAACGUUAACGGGAUUUUAUUGUCUCAUCAAUGGACCUCUAAAUUUGAAAAACCGCUGAGUGCUACCAUUUAAAUGGGUGCGUUUUUGAGAAAGGGGUGAAUUACUCCCAAGGCACAAUAGAAAGGGGUGAAUUAGGGUGAGUUCUAUGCACUUUUGGUACAAACACAUCUACAGGAAAAUUGUUCCAGGUUAAAUUUACUAUCGAUAUAUCACAUUUUAAAAUCAAAAAUAUUUUUUUUACAAAAAUAUAUUCAAAAGAAAAUCAAGAAAAGAACACGUAGGAAAGCAAUUUUGUUCUUUGUCCCAUAACUUUUUUCCUCAGGGAUAUAGGUAUAGAUAUUGCUUCAGCGAAAAAUAACUUCCAUCCUUCCUCUUUAAAAUGAAGUUUGGUAAAAGUCUCUAGGAUUUAUAGUUUCCGAAAUAGCAUUUUUCAAAGUUCGCCGCUCACAGCAUUUUUGGGCUAUCUUCCCCAUUAUUUCGCAAACAUUGUCUGUCGCAAACAUUUCGUAAAACUUUUUUUUACUCAUUUCUAGGUACAUACAAUGGUACAUUUAGUAGAAAGAGAAGUUAGUUACCUUUAAAAUGGUCUAUUGUCUAAGGUUAUACGACUCUUUUUAAGCAAGUUAUGCUUUUUCAAGGUUUUAUACUUUUAAUGAUUUUUGAUAUUUUUAAUGAUUAUUUUUUAAAUUUCUCAUUAUGCCCUUUUUUCUUAUACAUUUAGGUAUAUACAUUGUGAAAUUAAAAAAGAGCUUAUUUUCUUUACUCUAAAAUGGUGUAUUGCAAAAAAUUCUAGGACUAUUUUUAAACAAGAUAUCCGUAGGAUAUCCAAGGGUAUCCGUAAUUUGAGUAAAAUUUAAAUUUUUUUCAAUUAGAAGAAUAUAAUUGCAUAUUCUAAUUCUAACAUAAUUUUUAAUCCCAAAUAACUUUUCUUAAUAAUACUUUUCGAUAUUGUGAAAUAUAAAAGUACUUUACUCUUGAGCGAAAUUCAUAUUUUUUAACAUACUUCGUACACUAUUGAUAAAAUUUUAUAUCUGAUGAUUGCAUCUUACGUUUUAGGCUAUGCAGUGCAUUUUAUAAAUUUUUUUCAUAAAGUUAAUAAUAAAAAAGUUUUCCAUACGGUUCCAACUUAGUGGGACCUAUUGCAUGUGUAUAUGUCACAUUUUGAAAAAGCAUAUCUUGUUUAAAAAUAUCCCUAGAAUUUUUUACAAUACACGAUUUUAAAGUAAAGUGAAUAAGCUUUCUUUUUUAUUGUACAAUGUGUAUACCUAAAUAUACAAUAAAAAAGUUAUAACAAGAAAUUUAAAAAUAAUCGUAAAAUAUAUCAAAAAUCAUUUUAAAAGUAUAAAAUUUUGAACAACCAUAUCUUGUUUAGAAAUAGUCAUACAUACAGCCUUCUGAAAUAGACCAUUUUAAAGGUAAUUUACUUUUCUUUCUAUUAAAUGAAACAUUGCAUACACACCUGAAGCUACGUAGAAAAAGUUACAAAACUGUGUUUGAGAAGUAACAAGGAAAAUUAGCCAAAAUCGCUAUGAAGGGCGAACUUUAAAAAAUCAUACUUUGGAAACUAUAAAUCAUAGACACUUCUACCAAGCGUCAUUUUAAAGAGCUAGGAUGGAAGUUUUUUUUGUGGAGCAAUGCCUAUACCUAUAUCCCCGUGCAAAAAAGUUAUGGAGCAAAAAACAAAAUUGCUAUAUUUUGUGGGUUUUUUCUUGCUUUUCUUUUGAAUAUAUUUUUGUAAAAAAAAAAUUUUUUUUGACUUUAAAAUGUGAUGUUUGGAUAGUAAAUUUAACCUGAAACAAUUUUCCUGUAGACGUGUUUGUACCAAAAGUGCAUAGAACCCACCCUAAUUCGCCCUGUGUCUAGAGACUAAUUCACCCCUUUCUCAAAAACGCACCCCUUUAAAUGGUAGCAUUCCGCGGAUUUUUCAUAUUUAGAGGCCCAUUGAUUAUAUGAAACAAUAAAACCCGUUAGCGUUGUAGUUCCUUUCUAAAAUACAUUAUCAAUAGCCUAUUAAUAAAGGUGAUCAUUUUACAUUUAGUGAGUUUUGAAUAUUGAGUAUUGGGUAUUGAUCAAUUGGGUAUUGGUCAAUUUCAUAAAAUGGAUUUUUUAAUUAGCACUCAUUAAAAUAGAGAGUGAGAAAAAAUAGCAUGCUAAAAAACAGGAAUAUUCGCAUGUAAUCUACCUGACUUAAGACUUUUCUUGAAUAAUAGAGACGAGUAAGAAUAAAUAUUCCUGUCUUUGAUGGGAUCUGUUUGACAGAUGUGUCUCUGAGAAUACGCCUGUUUUUUCUUCUAUAAUGUUUGAUAGGUCUAAGUAUUUAAUUUUCAAAGCCUUUAUUUCCGUCCUAUCUAUCAACACUUCUGUUAUCCUGUGUUAUCCUUGUUAUCCAGAGAGCUUUUAUAUACUUAUGUCUAUUCCAGAUACUGUCUGAGCAAAAAUACUCGCAACUACGUAAAUAAUAAAUUAUGAAUGGUAUAUUGGAGGAAGUACAAAGAAAAGGAGGACGAAACAUGGAGGAAUAGGAUUUUUGAUCAAAGAGUAGGAUAUAUCAUAGUAGAAAUUAACAGGAAGACAAGAAUGAAACUAAUACAAGCAUAUGCUCCAACAACAACACAUGAUGAGGAAGAAAUUGAUAUUGGAGGAAUAUUUCUUCAAAUUUUAUAAAAAGAAAGAAAUUUUUCUACGAAGCUCUCUACGAGGUAACCCAUAUCUAAAAAAUGAUGACGAUAUAUUAUUAAGGUACUACUAGUACACUUUAGAAGACCAAAAAUAAUAAUUUUUUUCAAGAAUUUUUUUCUCAGAACCUUUAUUAGAAAUGAACAUAAAACUUUUUACAUAUUAAUAUCUAACUCUUAGAGAGUACAAAAAUAUAUUUUUUUUCAUUUAUGUAUGUACACUAAUAUUGUAGAGGGCGCAAAAGUCGAGGCCUCGAAAAAUGAUGGCGGACAGCUAAUCUAAAGGAAGGUUUCUUACGUGACAAUUUACCACAAUUUGAUCAAAAAAUAAAAAAUAAAUAUUUUUUAACCAUGAAAAACUGACGAAAAACGGGCGAUUUUUUCACAAAAUUUUUUCAAAUUUCCGUGCAAUCUUUUUUUUUGCGGAAUUUUUCAGUAAUGGUGGUAAAUUGUCACGAAAUAAACCUAUUUUUUUUUCGAGGCCUCGACUUUGGCGCUCUCUACAAUAUUAGUGCACGUGCAUAAAUGAAAAAAGAUAAUAUCUUUCUUCAUAUAAAAAAUAUAUUAUAUUUUUUGUAUUCUCUAAGAGUUAGAUAUUAAUAUGUAAAAAGUUUUAUGUUCAUUUCUAAUAAGGUUUCUAAGAAAAAAAAUCUUGAAAAAAUGCUUAUUUUUGGUCUUCUAAAGUGUACUAGUACCUUUAUGAAUCAAGGGAAUGAAUGAGAAAUUGACAAAAUUAUUUUACAGAACUGGUAAAUAAAAAGGAAGUAGUAAAGAAAACAAACUGUAGAUAUCAAAUUGUAGAUGAUCACAUAGCAAUAGAAAUAUCUACAGAACAAGAAAUAGUGAAGAAAUAACGAACUAAAAGAGAUGACAGCCAAAAAUAACUCAUGUAAUGACAGUGCAGUGCAGGGUUAGAAAAAUAUAAAGAGUUAUUUUUAUCUUUGUUUGGCUUAGAAAGAUUAUCUAACUGUAUUACACAAUUUGACACAUAAAGCAAAGAAAUUGAACAAAGCAAAUUAUGAAUAAAUUUAUAAUUACGUACUUAUAAUGUCUAUGUACAUAUUUAACAAUAUAUUCGCUUUGAACUAAGUAAAUUAUAAAUACUUUCUAAAUCAAGUGGAACACCUUGGCAAAAUUAAAUAUUAAAUAAUUGAAACAGUCCUAAUUUUAUGCUAAUCGAAUAAUUAAGUUUUAUUUCAACAAUUAAAAUGAAAACAAUUUCAGACAGAGCAACAAAUCUCAACCAUCAUUUCCUUUUUAAUGCACUGUAGUAAUUGAAAAGGCAUUUGAUUAAGUUCAACAUAAAAAGCUUGUAGAUACAUUAAAAACCAAAAUUAUUGACAGUCGUGAUAUGAAAAUUAUAUCUAAUCUAUAUUGGAAUCAAACUGCCAAGGUAAGAGUUGACAACCAGGACACCCAAGAUAUCAAAAUACAGAGAGGAGUCCGUCAGGGUUGCGUGCUGUCUCCACUACUUUUCAAUGUCUACAGUGAAGCGGUAUUUCAAGAAACGCUCUCGGAUUCAAUAGAAGGUAUAUCUAUCAAUGGAGAAGUUUUGAACAACUUACGUUUUGCAGACGAUACAGUGAUAAUAACGGAUAACAACAAUGAUUUACAGAACGUAAUGCAACGCCUUAACGAACACUGUCAUGAGUACGGACUGAGAAUUUAAAGAAAACUAAAUUCAUGAUCAUAACUAAAUCAGCACACGCAAACAUCCAAUUAACUAUUGAAGAUACUGUAAUUGAGAGUGUGGAUAACUACAAAUACUUAGGAACAUGGAUAACAUCAAAUGUAGACCAAACCAAAGAAAUUAAGACACGUAUUGAAACAGCACGUGCAUAAUUCAUUAAAGACUAGCAUAUAAUAACCAAGAUGUAGAACGUGUAAGAAAAUUUAAGUACCUGGGAACCUAGCUAUGUGAAGACUGGAUGUCAGAUAUGGAAACUAAAUGUCGGAUAGAAAGGGCCAGAAGUGCAUUCAUGAAAUUCAGAAACGUCUACGAAAUCUGACUUCGACCUGAACCUAAGACUAAGUUUCACGAAAUGCUAUAUAUGGUCGGUGCUCCUAAAUGGCAUGGAAGGAUGGACUUUAAAAAUAAACACAAUGAAUAAGCUAGAGGCAUUUGAGAUGAGGAUUUAUCAACGAAUCCUUAAAGUUCCCUGGACCGCACGAAUAACAAAUGAUUUAAAAUUUAAAAUACGUCUUAGCACGUGGCCCGCCCAUCUUAUUCGGUUUGCUUUAAUGUACCGUACUGUUUUCAUCUCCAUAUACUGUCUGGAGUUCAUCAUUGUGUCUUCUUCUCCUGUUGUCUCUUCUCUGCAAGGUCCAUAGCUAGUCCACAGUAUCUUUCUUUCAAGUAUCAGUAAUUUUGUCGUUUCCCGCUGGUUCAGAGUCCAUGUCACGCUUCCAUACGUUAUUGUGGGACGAAUUAUUGUCUUAUAUACUCUUAUUUUCGCUGGCCUUGAGAGUAUUUUUGAUUCAAGUACGGUCAUUAAUGAGUAAUAUGCCCUGUUUCCUGCAAUGAUCCUGGCUACCACGUCCUUUUCAUAUUUAUUUUCAGAUGUUAUGAUCGCUCCCAGGUACUUGAAUUCCUUGAGGUCUUCAAAGUUGUAUUCAUUAAUUGUUACGUUUUGUCUAAACCUUGGUCUUGGGUUCCUCGUAACCAACAUGUACUUGGUCUUAAUAAAUGUACCUGUAAAGGCCAAUAGUAUUUUUGAUCCUCGGGCGGCAAAUCCGUUUGUCAGUUGUGGCUGAACUUUCCUUACUGCAUGUUCCAGUGCGAAGUUAAACAGCAGGGGGGCGAGACGAUCUCCUCGUCUAAGCCCGAUGUCAAUAAGCAAUUCUUCCGACGUGGUGCUGCCAAUUCUGAUCCGUGCGGAAGCGUUCUCCGUGUUCACCUGUGCUAAUCGUACCAGCUUUCCAGGUACUCCCAUUUCUACCAUGGUCUCCCACAAUGCAUCUCUGCUAACAGAAUCGUAAGCUUGUUUAAAUUCCACGAAGAUUUGGUGUACAUCGCGGUUGAAUUGGUUGAUGUACUCAAAGUGAAAUACUUUUCAUCAUCUAAAAUAAUCAUUUUUUUAUUGGCAAAGUUUACUCGCCUCAGUUGACGAUACUAUCUUGGUAUACGAAUGGUAUACGAAUGACAAUACUACUUAGUAUUUGGGGCAGUUACGUCUCUUUCGAUAUUUAAGACCAUUCCUCCCCAAAUCCAACCAUAUCGUACUCUUAGAAGAUCUGCAUUGACGAGGCAAUCUCCUAGUUGACAUUCCAACCUGGUUUCUUGCUCUUCUCACCAAUCCCUAUGACUUCUGUGCAGUAAAUGCACAUGGUCUUCCUCUUUUUGGUUGAUUUAGACACGGUAUUCCCAGAUCGCACUCCGUUAUUGUUCUACAAAUGGUUCUGUAUAAAAUAUUUCCAUUCUGGAAUUCUCCAAUUCUGGAAUUUUCUUCAGCUUUGGGUACCCGUCCAAACAACUUAUAGAUAAUUUUUCUUAUUUCUAAUUUAUACGACAUCUUAAAGCGAGAAGGACUGACCGUAUACAAAGUAAAAAAACUUAAUAUUAUUCCAAAGGCAACUUAAUAUUAUUUUGUUUUCGUUUAAAUUAAAGCUAAUAAAUUUUGUGUCUAAACUUUUAGGACAUAUACGUUAAUUAAAAUUAAAAUACUUGAAAUACACUACUAUAUUUUUAAAACAACGGUGUAACUAGGUUGUUCCUAAGGGGGAGUUACAACUACUGGAUGGUCUCUGGUUUGUAUGGAAUAUUUAUGGUGUUAAACGUAUAGAGCUCAAAGUACAUCCCGAUGGGGGGGGGGGGGUUGCAACCCCCAAAACCCUCCUGGUUACGCCACUCUUUUGAAAUGUAGUUUUUUGUCCAGAGUCGUGAGGUGUGUUAGCAACAAGUCUUAAUAUUGAAUAUGCCAGUUGUCUUAUUCACGAUGAUACCAGGUAGGGCUAUUCCUGAUUCAAUAAGAAGCCGUUAGAGGGGGGUGAAUCUUACCAUGGAACUAUGUAUGGUAUCGGGACCGUAUGUAAGAACUGCUAAUCCAUAUGGAUCACUGUAUUCUGCUACAAAAUAGACAAAGAAAGCUCAAGUACAUAGUAGUUUACAGUUUAAAUAUUUUGCAUUGCAUGUUACCUGGGCGCACAGAGAAGACUAGAGGAACUAUCAGCUGUAUUUUGUCGAAUGUUUUAGGUAUCAUAAAAAGAGAUAAUUGGAUUUUUUAUUCAAGCAGGAUUUUUCUUUUAUAUCGCUUUUAAUUCCACUCAUAUUGAAUCCAACCUAACUAUAAUCAGUGAUUUAGUUAUAAUAUAAUAAGUGAUUUAAUCCCUUUUAAAUAUUCAUUGUCUUGUGAUUACUACUUUUUUUAUGUUACUCAAAAUUACUCGACUAUUCAUUAGACGAUUGAUGAUCGUGUAUUUUAUUUAUGAGCAGAGUCUCUAUUUUUUGUAAAAAUUCGUUUAUUUUGUAUGUAUAUUUGAUUGCAUUGUAUUUUAUUUUAUAAUAAACAAUUGGUAUCUAUUUAAACUUUUUUAAAGAUUUUGUAUUUAAAUUAGGGUUACAAUUAUGUAAACAUUAAGGGAAUUUACUUGAAAGUAUUUGUAGAAAAUUACCUUCUGUACAGACUGUGAGAGGCUUUAAUGUAAAGUUGCUUAAUAAAAAACAAAUGAACUGAA